AUGCAGAGUGUGAGAUCCCCAGGGAGGGGGGGCACCUUGUCAGAGGAGUCAUUCCAAUGUUCUAUCUGUCUGGAGGUCUUCGUAGAGCCUGUCUCGACCCCCUGCGGACACAGCUUCUGCAAGGCCUGUCUUCAGGGCUACUGGGAUCACAGCAAGAAGUUCCAGUGCCCCAUGUGUAAGAAGAGCUACACCCGGAGGCCGGAGCUCAGCAUCAACCGGGUCCUCGCCGAGAUCUCUUCCCAGUUCCAGGGGCUCGAUGUGGGGGUGACUUCACCGAACACGAAGGCGGGUGCGGUGGCUGGGUGUCUGGCGGCGGGACAUGGGUUUCACGGAGAGUCCCCGGCAGCUGCUGCGGAGGGUGGAGAGUUCGCCCGGGCGGGCGAGGUGCCAUGUGAUGCGUGCAUUGGGAGGAAGAUGAAGGCAUUGAAGUCUUGUCUCAACUGUCCCGGGUCAUACUGUGAAGCACAUCUCCGACAUCACAAGAAGGUGAAGUCUCUGACGUCCCACCGCCUGGUUGAGCCCAUGCACCACCUGGAAGAGAAGAUCUGUAAGAAGCACGAGCGCCUGCUGGAGGUCUACUGUCGUAACGACCACGGCUGCGUCUGCAUCUCCUGCGCAGAAGCCUCACACAAGACCCACGAGAUCGUCUCCGUCGACCGUGAGUGGAAGAAGAAGAUGAGUCAUCUGGGCAAGUGGAGGUCGGAGCUGAAACACCUGAUCAAGGAGCGGGCCAAGAAGUUGGAGGAGAUCAACCAGUCCAUACGGGUCAUAAAAAGCACUGCCCAGAGGGAGUUGGAGGACAGCUGGCAGGUGUAUGCAGAGCUGCAGCGUCUAGUGGAGCAGAGCCAGGCUGAGCUGGUGGAGCUGAUCGCUACGAGACAGCGUGAGGCGGAGAGGCAUGCCCAGGAGCUGGCCCGAGGUCUGGAGGACGAACUGAGCCAGCUCCGGAAGAGGAGCGGAGAGCUGGACGCCCUGGCACAGAACCAGGAUAAAGUCAUCUUCCUCCAGAGCCUGCCCACCCUGGCGCCCCUCCCAGAGACCAGUAAUUGGUCAGGCGUGAGUGUGAACACAGACCUCUAUCUAGGAACCAUCCAAUCAUCCGUCAGCACCCUUGUCGACAGGUUCCAGGAAGAAUUGAAGAGUCUGUAUGGAAAAGAGCUCAGGCAGCUGCAGAACUAUGCAACUGAAGUGUACCUGGACCCGGGUACUGCCCAGAGGAACCUGGUCCUGUCAGAGGAUGGUCGCCAGGUGAUAUACGAGGAACGGAAGCACAACCAGUCGGAAGGCACUUGUCGCUUCAGCCCCGCCCUCUUCGUGCUCGCUCGCGAGGGCCUCUCCUUUGGACGCCAUUACUGGGAGGUUGAGGUGGGCCGCAAGACUGCCUGGACUGUGGGUGUGAUGCGGGCAUCGGCACGCCGGAAAGGAGCGAUAAAGCUGAGCCCUGACGGAGGGUACUGGUGCCUGUGGCUGAAGAGUGGGGAGGUCAAGGCUCUGGCAUCCACUCGACAAUCCCUCCAGCUGACCUCUCACCCCCAGAAGAUUGGCAUCUUCCUUGACUACGAAGGUGGCCAGUUGUUGUUCUACGACGUCAAGGCGCGCACACACCUCUUCACGUUCGUGGAUACUUUCAGUGAGAGUUUGUAUCCGAUAUUUAGUCCCUGUCUCAACCAGGAUGGAAAGAACACGGCCCCGCUCAUCAUCAGUGCUGUGAAACAUAGCUGA